CAGUAAUUCGGAUAUUUGACAGCAAACCAGCGUCAUACAGCUUUUUUACUUGCUCUAGUAACAAUGCCAUUAAUAUUUCAAAAAGAAAUACUUUAAUUUAGCUUUAACAAACAACUCAAAUAAUACAAAUUUUUUUUGCAACUUUGCGAUUUAAAAAUGGCGGCUUGAGAAUUUCUGAACACGCUAUGGCAACCGUUAGCGGUCUAUCCCUUAAAAAUAUGCUUCAGCGCUUGUGCGCUUAAUUUUUGACGGUCUUCCGCUGUGUAUGAGUAAUGUCGUAUUCACUUUGGACAAUUGGCACAGCAAACCCAAGCGUAUUACAUGGGAGAUAAUUUCUAAAAAUAGCCUAAUUUAUUCACCAUGAUGACCAUUUACAAUACAAGUUGUGGAAAAUAACAGUUUUGUAGUUUUUAUAAUAUUAAAUACUUAUUUUAUUAUCAUUCAACGAUGUUAGAAGCAGAUGCUGGCGUAGGAAUAUUUUUUGGCAUAAGCUGCGGUUUAUGUCUGGGAUGGGUGCUCCGAGGACGUUAUGGUGGCUUUGCCAAUUUAAAGAAUCUGGCAGAAAAAGUUGGUAUAUUUUAGUAAAUGAAUACUGUAACAAUGUAAUGUACAAAUGAGCAUGGCUGGCUGACCAUAAAUUUAAUUAUAUUUAACCCAUUUAUAGUGUGCAAGACUCUCCCUUGAUGAGUAAAAUCGUCUGGUGUUAGAUAGAGUGAAUUACUAACGUAGGGUGCAUUGCAGCUUAAUGGGUAAACAAGACACAUUGGCAAAUUGUUGGUGUACAAGACUCUCUGCUUGACGAGUAAAGGCCCACCUACACGAUAUGACUAGUCGUAUAUGAUGCUUUUGGUGUAUGUACUUGAAUAAAUGUGUGUAGAGAUGUCGCAUUUCCAAUUUUGCCAUAAGCUGAUAAACAGGAAUAGUGGCAUUAGCAGUUGUUUUCAAUUACGCCAGAAUGACAAUCGUAUAAGACUAGUUAUAUCAUGUAAAUGGACCUUAAUUAAAAUUGUUUGGCAAUAGAAUCAAAUACUAAAGUAGGUCUCAUUUGGCACAUUGUUGCCAAAUGGAUUAAAUUCAGAACCAUAAGUAAAUUCAUCCAGUUUCACUUGUUCAUUUCCAGUUUGAUUCAGACUUUCAUUGACAAGAUCUUGUUAUAAUACAGUUGUGUCAAGUAUUUUUAUUUGUCGACUGAAAACUUGAAAUUUAUUUACAACAUUCCAUAUUAUGUGGAUACAGAAAGCAUUCCAUUUUAUCAAGAACAUAAUUAUUAUAUAUGUUACUGCCAGUGCAAAACUGCCAACUGUGUCUCACUCAAUUAAUGGGCCAAUUGGGUGAUCGACUUGACAAGUACAACAUUGUACUGAGGGUCUUGUCUCUGCUCAUGUUACUUAAUAUUCAGUGAUAACACUGGGUGCAAGGUUGAUUUACAAGUUUCCCAACCAUUGCAAAUUGACCAUUUUAUUAGUUUCCAAUUUUUUACAAGUAAACCACAACUUAUUUUCUGUCACCUAGAUUCCAACAUAUAGCCCAGGAGGGCAUGGUGAUUAUAAAAUGGUUCUUGUUGUUCGACAUGACUUAGGGAUGGGUAAAGGAAAGAUAGCUGCACAGGUAUCGAUGAAAAUUCAUUUAUCCUCCCCCCUGUAAAAAUUGUCUCUAAAUGUAUGAUUUACAAAAUAUCCCAGAGCCACCUUAACAUUCUAGAUGUGAAAAUCAAAACUUCAUAGAGCUACCUUAACUGAACUUACACUAGAUAUGUGAAAGUCAAAACUUCAGAGAGCUUUCACUAUGUGAACAUGGAAAGUCAGAGCCACCUUAAUGUUCAAUAUGUAAAAUUAAAACUUCACAGAGCCACUUUAACACCAUGUAUGUCACAAUCAAAACUUCGUAGAGUAGCCACUUUAACUUACAUUAUAUAUGUGAAAAUAAAAACUAUGUAUAGCCACCUUAACAUCAAUUUUGAUUGAUCUGCUUUAUUAGUGUUCCCAUGCUGCAGUUGGUCUUUACAGACAACUGAUUCAUUCAAAUUCAGAGGUGAAGUAUGGUCAGAAGGAUGUAUGCAGGCAUGCACCCCCCCCCCCCCUGCACCAUCAGACCUUUCUGAAAGUGCAGGGGGGUAUAUACACCCUCCAUAAUAUAUGGUUGUAUUGUGCUCUAUUAUCUCUGACACUAGGGUGCAAUUCCUGCAAUUUUCAGCUGUCAAUCAGCUGUCUGGUUAUAAUCUCAUUCACAUGUGAGAAGAACUAGUGCUUCCAGUUUGACUCUACCAAACACCAUAUGUACAAAUACUCUGGCUUUCUCCUGAUUAGUAACACUGAAUAUGGGGAUAGUUCUCACUGGACAUCUAAGGAGUUUACAACUGAUAGAGCUAUAUCCAGUAUAAACAAGGUUACCGUAGUUUAUGAUGCUACUCUGAGUGUAUAUCCACACCAGGCAAGCUUGAAAAAUAUGCCUGGCCACGGUGGGAAUCGAACCUACGACCUUUGGAAUACUAGCCCAAUGCUUUGGAAUACUAGCCCAAUGCUCUGACCUAACCGCGUAGCUCAGUUGGCAGAGCAUUGGGCUAGUAUUCCGAAGGUCGUAGGUUCGAUUCCCACCGUGGUCAGGCAAAUUUUUCAGCUUGCCCAGUGUGGAUAUACACUCAGAGUAACAUCACAAACAUCAUAUUCACCUGAGUACAUAACACCAACACAGAAAAAAAGUUACUUUAGUUUUGGUUUCCUCCUGUACAUUUCACCAAUAACGGAUGGUUCUUACUGGACCUCUUGGGAGAACAGUAUAGAACUGAUACAUCUUGUAUUGUGACAUAAUGAUUGUGAAUAAUUACUAAAGUUAGGGAAAUAUUCUGGGACAGACUUUUUAGCAAGUGUAAAUUAUUCCAGGUAAUCAAAAAUUGGGAAAGAUCAUCAUGUCCCAAGGUUGUUGUAAAAGCACCAGACGAAGAUACAUUGUAAGAAAAUUUCAAUACAUUUGUUGCCUGAAUUACGUCUUGAACAAUUAGUUUCCAUGUGUACUAUUACUUUAUGUUUUUGAUCUUACUGCAGAAGAGAAUUAGCACAGAAGGCAAGGGGUUUUGGAAUUGAAACUUGUUUAAUAAGUGAUGCUGGUCGAACGCAAAUUGCGCCAGGUUCUAGAACUGUUCUUGGCCUAGGCCCAGGUAAGUCACCCUCAGUACAAUUACACCUUGUCCAACGCUAGCUUCUAAUUUAGAUUUAGCUAAGUUAUGCUCCGUCUUUCCACAGUUAGUAGAUCUAGGUCUAUUAACUCUGGUAUUUCACAAAGCAAACUGGGCUAACUGGAAAAUAUAGAUGCAAAAUAAUACUGAUCCCUAGUCAAAGUUGACAAAUCAGGAAACAUUGUUUUCUUAAUCAGAAAUAUACACUCGCAGAAAUAUACACUGUGGUCCGGGAACAAAGCAGCUAAAAUAAACUAAAACUAAAAGCGAUACUACAAUUGCAAUUGUUCUCGAAGAUGGCAAACCAGGAAACAUUGUUUCCUAGCCAUGUUUCCCAAAGAUGGCAAACCAGGAAACAUUGUUUCCUAGCCGUGUUUCCCAAAGGUGGGAAAACCAGGAAACAUUGUUUCCUAGCCAUGUUUACCAAAGGUGGGCAAACCAGGAAACAUUGUUUCCUAGUCAUGUUUCCCAAAGGUGGGCAAACCAGGAAACAUUGUUUCCUAGCCAUGUUUCCCAAAGGUGGGUAAACCAGGAAACAUUGUUUCUUAGUCAUGUUCCCCAAAAGUGCGUAACAUUUGUUUGUGAAGUAAUGAGUCUUAAAUGGACCAACGGGGAAAGAUCAAGGUUUUCAUUUGUCUACUUCAGGUCCAAUUGAUGACAUGAAUCAAGUCACUGGCCAUCUAAAACUUUAUUGAUAAAAUUUCAAAAACUUACAUAGUUAUAGUAAUGAAAUAUUGGUAAUGUCGUUGAAUGUAAAUAUUGUGAGUUGUAAUAAAAGCAAGCUUAUUAAAGCGUACUAGCUUUAUCUUAUGUCUCAACUACGAAAUCUCUCGACUUUGAAGUCGGCUCUGAAAAGGGUGAAAGCCCAAACUUUUCGCACUCCGAGAGAAGUUAAGAUUGACGUUCACAGCAGGCCGCAAACUGGAAACUUCCAAUCGUUUUUGAGGUCAACUCUUUGGAACAUAUUGUAUUGACAAAUGACUUUUGACAUUGGUUUUAGUCUUCAGUAUUUCGUGAGUAAGUCCUGCUUUGGAAAUGACAAUAAUUUUUUGUUACCCAACCCUUGACUUGUUUUAUUUUUCAUCUACCCAACCUUUCUCAAAAUUUUGUUUAUUCUCUUCGAUGUCCCCCCCCCCCAUAAAUAAUGGACCGUCGCUAACAUCCCAACCAACCGUUCUCGUAUUACACACGCACAAAAUCUCACAUCUUGUAACAAGUCUGCCAACAAGCCGUCAACAAGAUAUAUUCGCACUGCUUGUCACAAGUUGUCAACAGGUUUGGAACAACUUGUUGACAACUUGCAACAACCUUGUCGAAAUUAUCA